AUGAAUACAUCAAAAGCUAAAGACAAAAUGAUUUCACAUUGUUUCCUUGAUGGAUUAUUAUUUACACACAAAUUUUAUACAACUGGAGUUCCAUCAUGGACAUGGAUCUACAAAUAUCAUUUUGCACCUCCUUUAACAGUUAUAGAGAGGUUCAUUGAUACACACAUUCCAUCAAUAAAUGAUAAUGGCCAAAUGAAUCUUUUGUACAAUUUAACAAUCGAUUAUAAUGAGAACAAACAACUUCUCCCGCCAGAGAUAAUUUCACUUAGGAAGAAAGAUAAGUAUCUUAAGAGACUACUUAAUACAAAACGUGUCAAAAGUUUAAAUCAGAGAUAUUCAUUUGAAAUUCCAGUAUAUGAGCGGAUUAUUGAAAGUUUACGCUUUGAAUUUUCUACAAUUGUGUCAAAGUACCCAUAUUUAGUUCAACCAGAAGAGCCUAUUGUAAUUGAAAAACAAGAAUUUAGCGAGAUUUGUGUUAAACAGGAUGAACCAAUGAUUUUUCAAGAUAAGAACUCUAAUAAUCAAAUAUCUUCCGCAUCAGCAAUGACAAUAUCGAAUACAGCAACAAACAAUCCUGAAUUAAACUUUUCCAGUGUUCCAAAUGCUAUUUCAUUCGAAUCAACACAUUCGUCUUCAGAUACCAAACAAAUUUACUACCAAAAUACUGCUACAAAAAGACGGAAGACUACCAAGUCAAAAUCAACAAAAUAUCAUCAAUAUGAUCAACAAAAAAGAUCAAAGCAAACCAUAUACAGGCCGAAAAUAAAACGCAUUAUUAAUAAUUAUAACACUUACCAGCCUCGCACAAGAACAACAACUAAUUAUGAUAACGGAUAUAAACAACAGAAUGUCCACAAUUAUAGCUAUUCUAAUAAUUGUAGUUGUUCCAGUAAUAAUUAUGGUUAUACUUCUAAUAAUAAUGGUUAUGCUUCUAAUUACUAUGGUUGCGCUUCAAAGAACUAUGGUUAUGCUUCUAAUUACUAUUGUUGUGCUUCAAAGAACUAUGGUUACGCUUCUAAUUACUAUGGGUAUGCCUCUUAUAAUUAUGAUUACGAUGAGUCUUUUUCUUUAUGCACUUGCUUAUAUCAUAUUUUUUGCAUUCUUUUAUCAAUGACACUAAUAAUUGGAUUUAUUUUUUUAUAUAAUGAUCAAGAUUUAGUUCCUGCAAAAUUGAUAUCUGUUUUGCUUUUUUCUGUUCGCGUUUUUAUGCUUCAUAGUGAUGAAUACGAUGAUGACUGUUGUUGCAAUUUUUUGAAAUCAUUGUUAACUAUAACUCAUAUUAUAAUUUGCUUCCUUUUAUUUUUGGGAAGUGAUGACUUUUCACUAUAUUAUCUCGGAUUACUUAUUUUAUGGCGUUUCUUCAAAUCAAAGCAACUUAUACUUGCUUUGAUAAUUUUAUCAUUUAUGGGUGAUCUUAGCCUUUCAAUGACGCUUGAAUUUUGUGGGUCUUUCUUUUAA